GUGACCAUAUCACCCAUCCUCUAUACUUCUUUUAUCAUUGGUUCUAUUACUAGAUGUCGUCGCGCGAAGCCUAAAGUUAUUAAAUAAAAGUAAAAAGUUUGAAAAACAAGGCUAAUAACAAAAACUUAAUAAAUCCAUUGCGAUACCAAAACUGCAAAGUCUGUAAUGCAUGCUAUAUAAGUCAUAGAGUGAAAUUAAUUUAAAAAAGUAAUUAUUAUAUGUCUUAUAAACAAAUUUAUAAAAGUUUGUCCAUAAAUUGAAUAUAAAUUAUUAUUAUUAAGUUUUACCACAUAAAAUACAAAUAACAAUGUCGGUAAUUGUCAUAGCAGUGGCUACUGAAAGUGGCGUUCCAGUAUUUUCUAGAAAAAAAGGCACAAAUGAAAAUGUACAAUUUUCGACAAUAGCUUCGCUCCAUGGCAUAAAUAUGUUUAGUAAAUGCCACAAUACAUCAAUGGUAAGCACUUACAUUGAUAAUGGUGCGAUCUUAUGGAAGGAAUACUGUCAAAGCAUAACACUCAUAGGCAUUGUGACUGGUGGUUUGGAGUGUGAUUUGGAACUGCUACUCUCAUGCGUACAUGACAUUAUGAUAUUCUGUGUUGGCAAAAAAGAACUGGAAGAUCUUAAAAAUAUAGACCAAGUUAAGAGAGAUUUGAGGCAGUGUUAUCCACUGUUGGAUUACAUGCUAGAGUCAUUAGACCCUAAUACAGUGUCAAGCACACUGCCAACACUAGCUCUUGAUCUGAUUCAAAGUAUAUUAUGUAGUCAAGCUCAAACACUGCAGCAAGCUUUAGACCACUAUGCAGAGAGUGUAUCAGGUCGAUGGGCGUGUCUUAGCAUCCAAGGUCACCUGGUGUCGACCAGUUCAGAUUUCCAUGAGCUUCAUCCCCGAGAAACAAGAUUACUCCUGCUAUUGACAGCUGCACAGGAUGGGGCACCACUACGGGAGACACCAGUGUAUUUACCUCAAAUGAGUCCUAAUGUAGCUUUCAGAGCAAUCACAUGCAAACUGCUAGCUGAUGUUUAUAUUUUGGUUGUGUGUGGUGCCACGCCACCCCUGUCACAAAUAGAUGAAAUAGUUCUACAAUGUUGGGAAAGUUAUGCUCAGAUGAUAAAGGAAACCAAACUAGUUUAUCCAAGAAAUUUUCCCAUGAGUAUCACAUUUGAACCAUGCGUUUUAGGAAUCUUGGUAAUAAACAUAAAUAACAGAAGAUGUGUGUUCUCGCGACAUUUGCAUCCGCCGAGUCAAAAAGGUCGCGCCACUUCCGGGGCACACAGAAUGGACAUACUGAGAACUUUUUACGUCACAUCCUGCAAGGAACUUGUUCCAGAACUAAAAAGAGAAGCAGACGCAAAAGAUCCCGAGCCCUUAGCAAUUAUGAACGAGACCUACUGGUGUUCAGAAUACCACAAGUAUCAUGCACAACGAUCGCAAACUUUACUGUGCUGUGUGCUUUACACAGCGACAGUUCAAAUACACACUAUGAGAUUAAUAUCUAGUCAAAUACUUCAGGACUUGAACACCAGUAAAGAUGUAUAUUGGUGAUAGACUACAUAAAGCCGGCUUUUGCAGGAGAAACAUUGAUUUGGGAUAUACACUUAUGUAAUCUACUGAGGAGUUAGAGGAAUCUUAUGAAGCAUGACAAAAAAAUAUAUAUCGUGCUUACAAAAUAAACAUAUAAAACAUCGAGAAA